AUGCUCCUGCAAACUUAUAAGCCCAAGCGUCGGGAUACGAUCGCUUCGGCCGUACGCAAUUGCACGGGCGACUUGAGGAUAUCCCUUAUAACGCUUUGGAUCAAUCUGUUAGGUCACAUGUCACUCGGAUCUGUGGUAUAUCAGAACAUCACUCGUCGAUUCUCGACUCUUUUCCUUGCUGCAUCCGUCGGUGCCUUUCUCGUAAAUUACACGUUCGACGCUGUCACUGACACAAUAUGGGACAGGGUGAACGCUGGAAAGCAGUGGAAGGAUAUCAAAGCGCAGCUCGAGAAUCAGGCGGAAUGA